AGGAAAGGUCCCCUUUAUGCCACCCGCUGACUGACCCAUUUGGAGCACGGAUGGGCAGCUGGCUCGCCUGACGGGCAGCUAAGGCAGCGAGGGGCCAGGGGAGGCGUGCGAGCUCCGCCUCCAGGGCGUGGCUGGCUAGGGCGCGCGGCGAGCUCCGCCUCCAGGGCGUGGCUGGCUAGGGCGCGCGGCGAGCCCCGCCCCUUGGCGCCUCCGACGGGCCGCGACUGGCGGCGGGUCCGCCGAGCUUCUGCAAGACUCCUCGGAGAGCCCCCGCCAGAAGCCAGGCGAGCGAAGCAAGACCUAGGAAAGCAGGCGCGGAACAGGGGGCGCCUCGGAGGGUUUAACGGGGGACAGACAGAGUGGCUGCCUCUGCUUUGCCCCUCUAGCUGCCGGCACCGGCGGCGGGCCUGGCUCACUCCUCUCCAAGGCGUUUUCCGUUUUCCCGGCGAGCCGGGCGAGGGGUGCGCUCUGGCAGGCCCGAUUUACCCGUGGGUGCCCCCGAUGCCUGGAGGUGGCGCGCGUGACGUCAGCAGCAUCCUUGUUCUCGCUGCAUCCCAUACACCUCCUCGCUGUUGCCAUGGCAACCACUUCCCCGACGGCAGAGUUGGCUGAGACCUUUAACUGAUAGAGUGAAGACCUAACAUGGCAACCUUCCUCACAGCCCCAAAAGCCCAUUCUGUCCUGAAGCGCUUUCCACGGGCCAACGGCUUUCUGGAAGAGUUUCGCCAGGGCACCAUUGAGCGUGAGUGCGUGGAGGAGGUCUGCAGCUAUGAGGAAGUCAAGGAGGUUUUUGAGAACAAGGAGAAGACGAUGGAGUUCUGGAAGGGCUAUGCCUACUCCGUCAAAGAUGCCUCCGACGGGACAGACCGGUCUGAUGCCAUUUAUGUUGUGGUGCCCCUGCUAGGCGUGGCAUUGCUCAUUGUCAUUGGUCUCUUCAUCAUCUGGCGCUGCCAGCUGCAAAAAGUCACGCAUCACCGUCCCUCCUACCCGCAAAAUAGGGGCCUGGCCAGCCGAGCUGCUCGCAGCUUGCCAAGGGUGAGGGUGCACCGCGAAGCUCCUCCCAGCCAAAGCGAAGCCCACUGCCAACAGGAUCCAAGUGCCAGAGGGGCUGCUGAUGGCGAGUGGGGGCAGGGGUCACCCAGUCAGCUGGCCAGGACGCUUGUUGAGCCCGAGCACAUGGCUCCCCCCCUGUCUAGACUGUGCAGUGCCACUCCUCCCCCCUCCUACGAAGAAGUGACGGGGCAGCCUGACUGUGGUGGCAGCAGUGGCGCCGAGGAGGCCAACAUGUCCUACAGCGACCCACCUCCCAAAUAUGAGGAGAUUAUGAAUCCUCUUCAUGCUCCUGGGAAGUAGCGGCCCCGGAUCCUUUCGGCCAGGGGAUGCCAUCACAGAACAGCCUUAUCCUCCACCCUCACCAAGUGCUCCAUAGGUGGCAGGUGCCAUUCACCCCCUUCACUCCUUCUGCUAGGCUGUUGUGGGAUCCUCAACUGGAGCGGUUCUAGUUGCAGGGAUGCAGUAGAAAGCAUGGCUGAACUGGGUGGCCCAGGGGUCCCUUUACAGGGAAGACGGCUGAAUGGCAGUUUGGGUAGCUUCCCAGGGAGGAGGCUGGGCCCUACUGCUACAGGGGGGCAUUCAGCACGUUCGAUGUCCACACUUUUGGCAAGAGCUUGGUUGGGUGCUGAUAGUAGAUCGGGUGGUGUGGGGGCUUUACCACUCUUUCUACCCACCUGGAAUGGUGCUGAGGAGGAGGAGGAGGGCAGCAGGUAUGCCUUUUUGGCAUGUAUCUGACAUGGGAAAAUGCCAGUCCUUCUUUUAUGCUCAGCUCACUUUAUCUUUCUACCCAACACUGCUUUGUUCAACCAAAAGAGGGGAAGAAAGCCCACCUCUGUGUUUGCUCUCCCUGUGGAAUGCUGCCUUUGUCUAUGGAUUAAGUCUUGAUGUGAGGCCUCCUUCUCCAAGGAGAAGCAGCCCAAAGCAAAAGUGAAUUUUUGUAUUCACAAAGCCAAUGCAUUGGCAAUUGCCAUUUUCUGAUGUACCUGUUUUACUGGAAGAUUGUGUGUCUAUGUCUGUGCAUGUAAUUUCUAUGUGCAUAUGGAGGGCAGAGGAGAAGGACUGAGCCCCUCCCUCCCUCUCAGAAACACAUCAGGACAUUUUCUCGCCCGUCAGGCUUAUCCCACUGGCCCAAUCUGUGUCUUCCUCUCCUUGAGGCUGUCCAAAGGUAGACCCUGGGAGCAACACGCUGCCAAAGAUGAUUCUGGAUGGGCAUCUGUGCUGGGGACCCCCUUCUGCUGCAACAGCACUUCCUCCUCUACUGGGAUUCUGUCGCAACAGUCGACUUUCCCUUCGGCCCCUUUCUUUGGCCCUUUUCCCUGUUGAAUGGAGUGGGGCAUCCUGUUCCUCCUGCCCUCAGUGCUCUGGGUCUCCCCUCACCAUGCAGCCCCCUUUCUUUCACUGGGAUUCCCUGGAGAUGUCUCCUUGCCAGAAGGAACAGCUGCUUGAUAUUUUCACUCCCCUGGACAAAGUACACUCUUUCACACUUCUUUCUCAAUGGUGCUAAUAAUGCAUACCCAGGUAUUCUCUCCUUGUAUGACACUCUGUAUGCUGCUUUACUGUAUUUAUACAUUUUGUUUAAAUGGAAAGAAACUUCAUUUCUCAUGGGUAAUAGAUUGCUUCUUGCACUGUUAUCAACACCAGAUCGUGAUCAACCAUGAAUUUAGAUGUGGAUAGUGGCAAAAGGUUAAAAAAAAAAUGACACCAAACAUUGUAGAGUACAGCAACUCUCCUUCUCCCUUCACUGCCUGCCUUACAGGGAGAUUUUACUCCUCUCUUAAGAAGAAGAGCUGCCUACUAACCUGGUAUCAACCACUCUGAGCCCAGGGAGACUGGUGCCUGUGGCAAGUUUUCCCAUUCCAUCCUUUCAGGGCCCAGUGAACCUGAAACAGGCAGGUGGGUCUUGGGGUCAUCAGUGGAGAGCGGUUGGCAUCUUCCAUGCUGCUUGUGAAACUUUGGGAGAUCUUUUCUGAGACCCCGAUCUGCACAUCAGCCGAUCAGCUCUCCCUUCAGAAGAAUCUGAAAGCAAAGGAUGAAACUGCCCAGGCUUUGUCCCUGCUGGAUGGUCCAAGGGCUUUGUGCCAGUGGGUCAUGGUGUGAUUUUGUUCACAGAAAUGGUUUGCGCAAUAGACAUAUUUAAACACCAUGUCUGCUUGUCACAUUCUGUUCCAAUUGCUGUAUUUCUAGGUCUAAGUUAGCCUUCUCCAGCCUGGCACUCCAUGCUCCAUGGGCUGGAUUGUGUGUGCCACGUGUUGGGGUAUUUAUUUAUUUUAUUUUAUUUUAUUCAAUUUUUAUACCGCCCUUCUCCCGAAGGACUCAGGGCAGUGUACAGCCAAGUAAAAAAUCACAAUAUCAAUAUUAAAAGAAAUUAAAACAAGCAUAUUAUAAAAUGGCCAGAUUUAAAACGAAUUAAAAUAUUAAAAUAUAAAUAACCCAAUAAAAUUUUAACCCAAUAAAAUUUUAGGCCAGUCCCGCUUGAAUAAA